ACACACAAUCCUCAUUGCGCAGUCAAAAUACUUUGAAUUGCUAUUGUCUGUAGUAUUUGGUUCGUGCAUUUACUUUGCUUUCUUUUAAUCCAGCGGUACGUGUAUCACUAGCGAGGGAGGCUGGCUUUCCACACAUAUUGUCACUAGUGAUUACGUAAGUCGACGUAUACGAGCCUGCUUUCCCAUUCUCCAAAAAAAUACUUCCCAUUUUCCUUUUGUGUGCGGCGACUGCUCAGCUUUGAGGGGGUACUGUUUCUUCGUAUAGCCCUCAUAGAAACAGAACAGAGACCCAAUAUUUUGUAGUCUUAAUAACACCCAACGCAGAUGCCAUGUCAUCAAGUGCAGAUUCCCAAAUGGGGUCUGGACCCGCUGAUAGCCAACAAAGUGAGAAUUGGCUCAUCGAGAAGUCACUGAAAUGUCUGGAAGAUGGCAAAAUACAGGAAGCCAGAGUUUGGAUAUUGACGGCGAAAAGCCUUUAUCCAAAGGAUUUCAAAGUGCAAUAUGGCCUGUUGCAGAUACAAAUUACUGCCAAACAAUUUCAGGAUGCAGCAGUGCUGUUGUCUGCACUACUAGACAGUUUUCCUGAUCAGAAAACACUCUGGGAUUUAGUUGAGCAAGUAGUGAAUGCAGUGGAGCUGAGAUGGCAGAACGUCUCAUUGGAUGCGGAUAUACUGACUUUGGUGUCUCUCUACACGGAAAUGGACAGCCAGCAGCAGAAGAAAUUGAUCAUGCGCUUUGCUGAGCAUGUGAACUCCACAACACCGUUGUAUUGCCGUGUGCUGAUGUUGUUAAUGCGCCUUCAUCCGGACACAGUACAGUCAUGUGCAUUGCAGGCGAUUGAUAGCGUGAAGAAAUCAAUAAAGAAGACCGAGUCGCCAUCUUGCAGCGAAGCCUGGCAGACUCUAGUUGUGGAUUUAUUGCCUGCCAUCUUGUCUUCACAGCAUGUACAUGUUGCCAGCUCUGAUAGCACCAGCUCACCAGCCGAUCAUCUUGUUAUAUCGCGAUCAACUGUGUAUGAAUGGCUGGAGUGGAUGCUGUUGUACUACUUUGACGUGGCACUGAACCGCAGCACGUCAAGUCUUGGUGGCACAGCGGCGGCUGUAGCAGGUCUACUGUCACCAACAAGAACACGCCGCUUCAGUAUUGAUGGCCAGGCCAUUGAGGUUUGUAAUGAGACACAGCCAUGGAAGAGUGCUUGGCACCAGCUGUUAAGCAUAGCCAGCCUCUGCCAGUGGACAAGCGUGCUGAAUGAUAACUUGCUGGACAAGAACCUGGUAUUGUUGGAGCGUGUGGAACGGCUACAAUCCCUGGUUGCAUCAUUGACAGACUUGAGCAAGCCCAAUGUGAGCAAGGAUACUCGUAACAAAGUCAUACUGCCUGUGUUCUACACAUGUAUUCUAGUGUGGCUGGAAGCAUGCUGGAGCUAUAGCCACCCAGCAGCAGCUCCUGGACAACCACCGCCCAAGCUUAUUCUACUGGACCUGCCACAGCCCGAUAGAACGGAGCCACAUCCUGGCGGUGAACCCAGAGCCAAGAGAUCGAAGAGAAGUGAGUCGGAUGGAGAUCUUCCCAUCCGUGUCUCGCUACAUCAAGACCUACCAGCAUCGUGCAAUGUUGUAGCCGAACAGUUUCGAGCAGCAUAUUCAUCUUGGCAGCUGUUGAACGAUGUGAGCGCACUCAACCGAGAGUACACCAGACUCGUAUCAGACUGGAGUUCACAUGGCACAGAAUGGCACUGGCUAGGUGGAUUUGAACGUGAUGUCAUGCUGUAUAAUGGUGAUAUGGAAGGGUUGAGAAAAUGCGCAGACUCAGCUGCUGAGGACAGUAGCACCGGUGCAUCACUGCAAUGCUCGUUCGCACUCUUUGCCGGUGGUCAGCAGGAGAAAGCAUGUCGUCAGAUUUUGAAGAUCUUCAAUGAGCUGCCACCGGAUGAACCCAACAUGCUCACACCGAUCGGUCAACGUCACCAGGCUCGUUCAACUGAUGCCAAUGCGCAAUGUCGUGAGUUGCAGCUGACCCCAUGCACCGCAUCAGCCCUGUUGCCACUGGUGGUACGGGUCUUGAUUUGCUACUAUGAGAGCAAGGGUAUAUCAGCAACGACUAAGGAUGCAGUGCUCGGCCAUGUCCUUGUACUGUGCCAGUAUGGCUGGCCAAAAUAUGACCCACUGGUGAGCAGGAUUUCAGAAAUCAUCCAAGGCAAGGGCUCAUUCAGCUAUGUCCAGGCCUUUGACUAUAUCGUCAACGUUGAUAUAUUGGAGGAGCUGAGCUAUCUACACAACACUGGGUGUAAGUUAUCGCUGCUGACGGGCAAUGGUAAUCCAACAAAGCGUACGGUCACGCGCGGUGUUAACAAAGGUGCCAAGGAGGAGAUUCGCUCAGCAAUAGAGCGCCAAGUGGUCCAUGUGGACAGCAGUGCACGUGCUGUGAAUGCACGCUUGGUUCGCUUUCUCAAGGAGGCCAAGCUGAUUGUCAAGUAGCUCGCUGGCAUUUCCUUGGUCCCUUUUUCGUAAGCAGACCAAGCUGAUUGUCAAGUAGCUUCCUGGUGUUCGCUUUCUCGAGGAGACCAAGCUGAUUGCCAAGUAGCUCUCUGGCGUUCUCGGUUUCUUUGUGCUGUUCAGUCCGGCUGUUGCUGAUUUGUUUAAGUUUGCCAUGAAACCUUCACACUCUUCAUUCUAACCAUGAAAUAGUCACCUCAUCAAAUUCAGCUUGUAACGUUAUGCAUAGAUUGAAUCUGUGAACUAGUUUUCUUACUUUCAGAUUGUCUCUGCAUAUCAUCUGUAAGUAACUGCAUACAGUCACUGUAAGUCUUUUAUGAGCUACCCGCUUUGCACAUUGGCGUUGCCGCCUUUGCAACACCGUGUUUUUGAUUUAUGAGCUCGUAGAGCCUACUUGAAGUAGUAAUAUUGACGUCAAUUUGACGACUCCACAUGUUUUCUGGACAAUCUCGUAGAGCCUACUUGAAGUAGUAAUAUUGACGUCAAUUUGACGACUCCACAUGUUUUCUGGACAAUCGUCACUCACGAUCAGGGCUGAAGCAAACAAAAAUUAAUAUUCUUUUCUGAAUACUAUAUUCGAAACGUGAAAAAAUAUUCCAACCCAUACCAUA